AUGUCACCCCCACGAUACUAUGCUUCAUCCUCCGAUGCUGGCAACUCUAGAACUGGUCUUUAUGACCUACAUGUCUCCAAGGGAGCCAAGAUGGUUCCCUUUGGAGGUUACAUGAUGCCUGUUCAGUACAGCGAUCUAGGUGUUGGUGAAUCUCACAAGUGGACGAGAGAGAAGGCCAGUCUGUUCGAUGUCAGCCAUAUGGUACAAUAUCACUUCACUGGACCUGGAGCAACUGCAUUCUUGGAAAAGAUCACGCCUGCGGAUCUGCAAGCACUACUACCUCAUCAAUCUACUCUCUCUGCUUUGCUACAUCCCCAGACUGGAGGCAUCGUAGACGACACGAUCAUUACUCGCCUGGGAGAGGACAAGUUCUACGUCGUUACCAAUGCUGGCUGUAGAGAAAAGGACUCCGCUUUCUUGAAUUCGAACCUGGAUGCUUGGAACAACGCCAACCAGCCCCGUGUAGAUAAGACAGAGCUCAAGAACCAAGGUCUCGUGGCUUUGCAGGGUCCCCUCUCGGCCGACAUCCUCCAAGGCGUACUAGCUCCCUCAUCCGAAGACAUUGACCUCAAAUCCAUUCACUUUGGCACUUCCAAAUUCCUCACCCUCAGAUUCGCCUCUGGCGAGACUUCUCAGCCUGUCCUCGCUUCCCGCGGUGGCUACACAGGCGAAGACGGCUUCGAGAUUUCCAUCGCACCCGAAGACACAGUAGCAGUAACAGAACUCCUCCUCUCCGCCGCCGGACCGGAGAGACUACGUCUUGCAGGUUUAGGCGCCAGAGAUUCGCUCAGACUGGAAGCAGGCAUGUGUCUCUACGGCCACGACCUCGACGACUCCACAACACCAGUCGAAGGCGCUUUGGCUUGGAUCGUAGCGAAAUCUCGCCGUUCUGCUCCCCGUAACGAGUUCAACGGCGCAGAAACCAUUCUACCUCAAUUGGUCCCCGUCAGUAAAGGCGGCAAGGGCGUCUCUCGCCGUAGAGUGGGGCUGUUGGUUGAAGGUGCUCCUGCUCGUGAGGGAGCACAGAUUGUAGAUGCUGAAGGCAACGCUAUUGGCAUCGUUACCAGUGGCUGUCCUUCUCCUACACUGAAGAAGAACAUCGCCAUGGGAUAUGUCAAGGAUGGACAACAUAAAUCAGGCACGGAGGUGGGCGUUGUGGUCAGAGGAAAGACGAGAAAAGCUACAGUCACAAAGAUGCCAUUCGUGCCUAGCAAGUACUGGAAAGGCGGUAUUUCACCUGCUUAG